AGUUCUACACUCACCGCACAUUUGACGGUAGUCAUACAAUAUUAAAAAAAGAACAGUCAAUAAACUCUAGAACUGUUUUAUGUUUUCAAAAACUGUUGCAUUUUCUAUUAUUAUUGUUGUUAUUGGUUUGUGUUUUAAGAAAGUGGGUUUUGUAGAAUUGAGGAGUAGAAGAAGAAGAAGAAGAAGGAGAGAGGUGAUGGCGCCAGUGGUGAAGUUGGCUGGGGUUAAUGAAGAGUUGCAGAAGAUUUUGGAAGCUAACAUGGACCAAGUACCAGCCAGAAUGCGCGCUCGUGAGGCCUUCAAGGGUAUUCAGCUUCGGAUUGAUCACAUCUUGUUCAAGAUACCAUCUGAUGGAGUAAAAAUGAAGGAGUCAUAUGAAGUGAACACUAGAGGAUUGAAAAUUUUCUCAAAAAGUUGGCUUCCAGCCACCUCUCACCCCAAAGCAAUGGUGUACUAUUGUCAUGGUUAUGGAGAUACCUGCACAUUUUUCUGUGAAGGAAUUGCAAGAAAAUUGGUAUCAUCUGGAUAUGGAGUUUUUGCAAUGGAUUACCCAGGAUUCGGUCUUUCAGAAGGUCUCCACUGCUAUAUCCCCAGCUUUGACAUGCUUGUUGAUGAUGUAAUUGAGCAAUACUCCAAAAUCAAAGAGAGCCCUGAAUUCUGUACUAUCCCAAGCUUCCUCUUUGGUCAGUCUUUGGGUGGAGCUGUAGCUUUGAAAAUGCACCUAAAACAACCUAAUGAAUGGGAUGGUGCUGUUCUUGUUGCGCCUAUGUGCAAAAUUGCAGAUAACAUGGUACCCCCAUGGUUACUCAAGCAAAUCCUGAUUGGUGUGGCUAAUUUUCUUCCCACAAUUAAGUUAGUUCCACAAAAGGAUUUGGCUGAAGCAGCAUUUAGAGACGUGAAAUAUAGAGAGCUGACAGCUUAUAACAUUAUUGCUUACAAGGAUAAACCUCGCUUGCGUACUGCAGUGGAGAUGCUCAAAACCACUCAAGAGAUAGAACAUCGAUUGGAAGAUGUCUCUUUGCCGUUAUUGAUCUUGCAUGGAGAGGCAGAUAUUGUAACUGAUCCGUCUGUGAGCAAGGCCUUGUACGAGAAAGCAAGAAGUUCAGACAAGAAGCUUAACCUUUAUAAGGAUGCCUGCCAUUCUCUUCUUGAGGGUGAGCCAGAUGAAAUGAUAAUUCAAGUUUUUAAUGAUAUAAUUUCUUGGCUUGAUGAGCACUGUAUAAAAAAUACUUCCCAGUGAUCAUGUGUCUCCUUACAUUUUUUUUUUGUUGCAAAUUUAGUUUUAUUUUUUUGAGGAAGCUUGAUAAUCAUUGAAAAAGAAAAAGGCUUCUGUUGCAUGUACAAGCAAUGCUGUCUAGGUGUCUAGUCCAUUGCAUUUUGAAAAUUAAUAACUGUACUAAUGCAGACAAUUUGGGUAAAUUUAUAGCAAUUUGAUACAAAAAUUUAUCUUGUGUAUUA